AUGCCCUCUCGACGACCUAUCCGCGUCGGCAAUGCCUCAGGUGCAAUUGGCGAUGGAAUUGAUGAAGUAUACCGCCUUGCACGCGACGGCGACGUCGACGCGAUAACAGCAGACUACCUCGCCGAGUUCAACAUCGCUUGGAAAGCCAUCGAGCUCACAACACGGCCCGACCUAGGCUACGAACCCAAUUUCCUAGAACAACUUGCCUGGCAAGAUGGCGCGGCGGCCAAACUACUCGCCCGCAAGAAGAUCAAGGUCGUCCACGAUGGUGGAGCGUUGAACCCCGAGGGCCUUGCGAGGAAAACGGAUGAGUAUUUCAAAAGCUUGGGGAUUGAAGGCGUUAGGGUUGCGUGGGUCAGUGGAGAUAAUGUCACUGGUCUGGUGAAGGAUGGGAAGUUGGGGAAGUUGAUGCAUCUGGAUCAGUCAGGGAUUGAGUUGGGGGAAUUGAGACAUAAGAUUUUGGCUGCGAACGUGUAUACGGGGAUGACAGGAGUCGUUGCUGCGCUUGAAGCAGGCGCUCAAAUCGUUAUCUGUGGGCGUUGUUGCGAUGCUUCACCCGUCAUGGGGCUCGCAGCUUGGUGGCAUGGCUGGAAGAGUACAGACUAUCAAGAGCUGGCCGGGAGUCUGCUAGCUGGCCACAUCAUCGAGUGUGGAGCGUAUGUCACUGGUGGAAAUUACUGUGGCUGGAGGGAGAUCGAGCAGCUGCACCACGUCGGGUAUCCGAUCGCUGAAAUAGCAAGUGAUGGAACCUGCGUCAUCACGAAGCCCGAGCACACCAAUGGCGCGGUUACAGUCGAUACUUGCAAAGCGCAACUCCUGUAUGAAAUCCAAGGCCCUUACUACCUCAAUCCCGACGUUACUGCCCGCAUCGACGGCGCCCAACUCAAGCAGAUCGGCAAGAACAGAGUCCGCCUCACAGGAAUCAUCGGCACCGCACCGCCUCCAACCUCCAAACUCGCCAUCUGCCUCCUCGGCGGCUGGCAAGCCGAAAUCAAUGCCUACUGCGCGGGUCUCGACACGACCCAGAAAUUCGCCCUCAUGAAAGACCAAGUCAUGCGCGAGAUCAACCCCGGGGACUUCACUACCUUCAGCAUGGAAGUUUACGGUAGCAGUCCGCCGGACCCGAGGUCGCAGCAAGAAUGUACAGUGAUGCUUAGGAUGUUCGCACAGAGCGAGGACAAAGACGCAAUUCAGAAGUUUAGGAGGGCCAUAUUUUAUAACGGCAUGCAGGGGUAUUGUGGGCUACAUUUGGGCAUGGAUUGGAGGACGAUGGAGCCCAAGCCGUACGUGAGGUAUUUUCCAAGCUUGGUGCCGAGUGUGGGUGUGCCGUUGAGUGUGAGCUUUGUGGAUGGAGAGAGGGGGAUUCAUGUCGAGGCGAAGAGGAAAGAGGAGUGUGCGGAGGGCGUUCCGGUCCAGCCAGACUACGAUUUCGAGGGCGCUGUCGACGUUUCUUCCUUCGGCCCUGCACAGCGGCGUCCGCUCGGCGACCUUGUGUUCGCGCGCUCCGGGGAUAAAGGCGGGAACGCGAACGUCGGCUUCUGGGUGCGCGAUCGAGCAGCCUGGCCGUGGCUUCGCUCUUUCCUCACGAGGCAAAAGUGCAUUGAGCUGCUCAGGGAUGACUGGAAGGAGGGUUAUAAGGUCGAGAGAUGUGAAUUCGAGGGUCUGAUGGCUGUGCACUUCGUAAUCAAAGGGCUGCUGCAAGAGGGUGUGAGUAGCAGUAGUGUGCUUGAUGGGUUUGGGAAAAGCGUGGGUGAGUUUCUAAGGGCUAGACAUGUCGACGUUCCUGUGGAGUUGUUAAGGGCGGAGGAGAAAAGGAGGAUAGGGCUGAAGGGGAAGCUGUGA